AUGGCGCGGGUUAAAGCGACUGCUGAGAAGGUGGGCAAGAAGAGAAAGGAGGCGACGGCCGAUGGGGUGGAGAAGACCAAGAAGUCUAAAAAAGAUGUGAAUAAGGAGAGUUUAUCUCUCUUGGCUGUCCCGCGCCAAGUGCAGCUGAAGGUGAAGAAGGGCAAGGUUGCGGAGGAGGCGAAGAUUGCUGCGAAGGAGGAGGCGAGUGAGGAAAAGAGUGAGGAGGAGAGUGAGGAAGAGAGUGCGGAAGAGAGUGAGGAGGAGAGUGAGGAGGAGAGUGAGGAGGAGGAGGAGGAGGAGGAGGAGGAGGAGGAGGAGGAGGAGGAGGAGGAGGAGGAGGAGGAGGAGGAGGAGGAGGAGGAGGAGGAAGAGGAGGAAGAGAGUGAAGAGAAGGAAGUGGAGGAAGAAGAAGAUAAGAAAGCUGUAAAGGAGGUCGCAGCGAAGGAGGAGCGCAAUGAGGAGGAGGAGGAGAGUAGUGAUGAGGAGGAGGAAGAGAGUAGUGAUGAGGAGGAGGAGAGUGAGGAGGAGGAAGAGGAAAAGAAGAAAUUAGUGAAAAAGGAGGAGACCAGUGAGGAGGAGGAGAGUAGUGAUGAGGAGAAGGAGAGUGAGGAGGAGGAAGAGAGUGAGGAGGAGGAAGAGGAAGAGAAGAAAGUUGUUAGGGAGGUAGCAGCGAAGGAGAGCAGUGAGGAGGAGGAGAGUAGUGACGAGGAGGAAGAGGAGGAGGAGGAGAGUGAGGAGGAGGAAGAGGAAGAGAAGAAAUUAGUGAAAAAGGAGGAGAGCAGUGAGGAGGAGGAGAGUAGUGAUAAGGAGGAGGUGGAGGAAGAGGAGGAGAGUGAGGAGGAGGAGGAGAGUGAGGAGGAGGAAGAGAGUGAGGAGGAGGAAGAAGAGAAGAAAGUAGUGAAAAAAGAGGAGAGCAGUGAGGAGGAGAGCAGUGAUGAGGAGGAAGAGGAGGAGGAGGAGGAGGAGAGCGAGGAGGAGGAAGAGAAAGAGACGAAAGUUGUUAAGGAGGUAGCAGCGAAGGAGAGCAGUGAGGAGGAGGAGAGUAGUGAUGAGGAGGAAGAGGAGGAGGAAGAGGAAGAGAAGAAAUUAGUGAAAAAGGAGGAGAGCAGUGAGGAGGAGGAGAGUAGUGAUAAGGAGGAGGUGGAGGAAGAGGAGGAGAGUGAGGAGGAGAGUGAGGAGGAGGAAGAGAGUGAGGAGGAGGAAGAAGAGAAGAAAGUAGUGAAAAAAGAGGAGAGCAGUGAGGAGGAGAGCAGUGAUGAGGAGGAAGAGGAGGAGGAGGAGGAGGAGGAGAGCGAGGAGGAGGAAGAGAAAGAGACGAAAGUUGUUAAGGAGGUAGCAGCGAAGGAGAGCAGUGAGGAGGAGGAGAGUAGUGAUGAGGAGGAAGAGGAGGAGGAGGAGAGUGAGGAGGAGGAAGAGGAAGAGAAGAAAUUAGUGAAAAAGGAGGAGAGCAGUGAGGAGGAGGAGAGUAGUGAUAAGGAGGAGGUGGAGGAAGAGGAGGAGAGUGAGGAGGAGGAGGAGAGUGAGGAGGAGGAAGAGAGUGAGGAGGAGGAAGAAGAGAAGAAAGUAGUGAAAAAAGAGGAGAGCAGUGAUGAGGAGGAAGAGGAGGAGGAGGAGGAGGAGAGCGAGGAGGAGGAAGAGGAAGAGACGAAACUCACAGGCAGCAAGAGGGCCUUUGACGCCAUCUCACCGGGAUCAGGCAGCAAGCCGGGCAGCGCUGCAAGAGCGUUCCAGAGAGUGAAGGUGGAGGAGGUGAGUGAGAGGCUUCCUUGUCCUUUCAACGCGCCUGUGCCCAACACCCCUACAACCUGCUCCCCCCCUCAGGUGCAAUUCAAAGAUCCCCGGCUCAUGGAUAACUCGUACUGGGCCAAGAGCGGGGCGGGCAGUGGAUGGGGCGCCAAGGCGCAGGAGGUGCUGGGGCAAGUCAGGGGCAGGGGUUUCCGCCAUGAGAAGACAAAGAAGAAGAGGGGCAGCUACAGGGGUGGUAUUAUUGACCAGGAAAGCCAUUCCAUCAAGUUUGCUGAUUCCGACGACGAGUAA